AUGAGUAUCAAUUGCACAAUUGUAACAACAGGAUUUAUUCUUUUGGGAUUUUCUGGAAUAACUCAACAUCAAAUCUCGCUCUUUACGAUCUUUUUAUGUACAUAUAUCAUCACACUUUCUGGGAACCUAUCAAUAAUCAUUACAUAUAAGCUUAGUCCAAUCCUCCAUACUCCAAUGUAUUUUUUUCUUGCUAAUUUCUCUCUCUUGGAAAUUCUGUAUGUUUCAUGCACUGUCCCUAAGAUGUUGUCCGGUUUACUGUCAGACUGUAGUAAAGUCAUCUCCUUCUCUGGAUGUGCUAUACAAAUGUAUUGCUUCUUGCUGUUUGGUGGAACAGAGUGCUAUAUGCUGGCAGCCAUGGCUUAUGACCGGUAUAACGCCAUAUGUCACCCUCUGUUGUAUACUCUGAUUAUGAGAGAAACAGUCUGUAUCCGACAAAUAGUUGGCUCAUAUGUCAUCAGUGCAGUUAAUUCUCUAAUACACACAGUGUUCACAUUUUCAUUGCCGUUCUGUGGAUCCAAAGAGAUAGACCAUUUCGUUUGUGAUGUUCCACCGGUGCUAGAACUCUCAUGCCAAGACAUUUGGGUCAAUGAACUUGUGAUAUUUAUGGUUGGCGGCUCUGUAGUAAUUGGUUCAUUCAUAAUAACAAUUAUUUCCUAUAUAGAAAUAAUUUCUAAAAUUUUAAAACUUCAUUCUGCCUCUGGCAAAAAGAAGUCUUUUGUAACUUGUUCUUCUCACUUAAUAGUUGUCACAUUGUUUUAUGGUUCAGCAAUUUUUAUGUAUUUUAGACCAAGAUCAAGCUAUGGAAUUGGCCAAAAAAGUCUAGUUUCUUUAAUGUAUACGGUUAUCGCUCCACUCUUAAACCCUUUCAUAUACAGUCUACGAAACAAAGAAGUCAAAUCAAGUAUAAAAAAUGUAUUUUUAAAGCAAAUGAAAUUCUGA